CGAGACGGAGCGCACGGCGCGCGGGACCGGCCAUGGAGCAGGACGCGGGUGCGGGGGGCCCGGCGCAGGACCCCGAGCCCGACCCCGAACCGGACGCGGGCUCCUCCGAGGCGUUCUCCAGACUCUGGGCCGACGUGAUGGGCAUCUUGGACGGUUCCCUGGGAAACAUUGAUGACCUGGCACAGCAGUACGCAGAUUAUUACAAUACGUGCUUCUCAGACGUUUGUGAGAGGAUGGAGGAGCUGCGGAAACGGCGGGUGUCUCAGGACCUCGAUGUGGAGAAACCCGACGCCAGCCCCACGUCACUUCAGCUGCGGUCCCAGAUCGAAGAGUCGCUGGGCUUCUCUAGCGCCGUGUCAACACCUGAAGUGGAAAGAAAGCCCUCUCUUCAUAAAUCAAACUCUGAAGACAGCUCUGUAGGAAAAGGAGAUUGGAAGAAGAAAAAUAAGUAUUUCUGGCAGAACUUCCGAAAGAACCAAAAAGGAAUAAUGAGACAGACUUCAAAAGGAGAAGAUGUUGGUUAUGUGGCCAGUGAGAUAACAAUGAGUGACGAGGAGCGGAUCCAGCUAAUGAUGAUGGUCAAAGAGAAGAUGAUCACCAUUGAAGAAGCACUUGCUAGGCUCAAGGAGUACGAGGCCCAGCACCGGCAGUCAGCUGCCCUGGACCCCACCGACUGGCCAGAUGGUUCCUAUCCGACUUUUGACGGCUCCUCCACCUGCAACUCAAGAGAACAAUCUGAUGAUGAGACCGAGGAGUCGGUGAAGUUUAAGAGGUUACACAAGCUGGUGAAUUCCACUCGCAGAGUCCGAAAGAAACUAAUUAGGGUGGAAGAAAUGAAAAAGCCCAGCACCGAAGGUGGGGAGGAGCUUGUGUUUGAGAAUGCCCCGGUCUUGGACGAAAGGGCUGCCCUUUACUCUGGAGUGCACAAGAAGCCCUUUGUCAUUGAUGGCUCUCCCGAGAAACCUCCUGAAGAUGACUGUGACUCGCUCACUCCUUCGCCGUCGUCCAGCAGCCUGGAUACCUGGGGAGCUGGCCGGAAGUUGGUCAAAACCUUCAGCAAAGUAGAGAACCGGGGUCUGAUUAAGCCCCCCAAGAAGAUGGGGACGUUUUUCUCCUAUCCAGAAGAAGAGAAAGCCCAGAAGGUGUCGCGCUCCCUUACAGAGGGAGAGAUGAGGAAGAGCCUCGGCUCCUUGAGCCACGGGAGAACUUGCAGUUUUGGAGGGUUUGACCUGACCAAUCGCUCUCUGCACGUUGGCAGCAAUAGUUCCGACGCAAUGGGAAAAGAAGGAGAGUUUGUGUACAAAGAAGUCAUCAAAUCACCCACUGCCUCCCGCAUCUCUCUUGGAAGAAAAGUGAAGUCAGUGAAAGAGACAAUGCGGAAGAGAAUGUCUAAGAAAUACAGCAGCCCCGUCUCUGAGCAGGACUCGGGACUCAACGGCAUGCCUGGCUCCCCGGCCUCUGCCCAGCCUGACUCUGAACACAUGGACAAACCCAAGCUCAAAGCGGGAGGAUCUGUGGAGAGUCUUCGGAGCUCUCUGAGUGGGCAGAGCUCCAUGAGUGGUCAGACAGUCAGCACCACUGAUUCCUCCACCAGCAACAGGGAAAGCGUCAAGUCAGAGGAUGGGGACGAUGAGGAGCCACCCUACCGGGGCCCCUUCUGUGGGCGAGCCCGGGUGCACACUGACUUUACCCCUAGUCCCUACGACACAGACUCGCUCAAGCUCAAGAAAGGAGAUAUUAUUGACAUAAUCAGCAAGCCGCCCAUGGGGACCUGGAUGGGUCUGUUGAACAACAAGGUCGGCACCUUCAAGUUCAUCUAUGUGGAUGUGCUGAAUGAGGAGGAGGAGAAGCCCAAGCGUCCCACCAGGAGGAGGAGAAAAGGAAGACCUCUGCAACCCAAGUCCGUGGAGGAUCUCCUGGACCGGAUUAACCUGAAAGAGCACAUGCCCACUUUCCUGUUCAAUGGAUAUGAAGACUUGGACACCUUCAAGCUCCUGGAGGAGGAAGACUUGGAUGAACUAAAUAUCAGAGACCCAGAGCACAGAGCUGUUCUCUUGACAGCAGUGGAGUUGUUACAGGACUAUGACAGUAACAGCGACCAGUCCGGGUCCCAGGAGAAGCUGCUGAUGGACAGCCAGGGCCUGAGCGGAUGCUCCCCAAGAGACUCCGGAUGCUACGAGAGCAGCGAGAACCUGGAAAAUGGCAAGACUCAGAAGACUGGCCUCUUACCUGCCAAGUCAUCAGCAGAGUCCAGCUUGCAGCCUUUCCACAGGAAUCAGCUGGGCACCUACCCGACCUUACCUUUAACAAAGUCAGUGGAUGCACGGAUGCCGGGAGAAGAGAACAGGCUGGGCCUUGGUGGCACUCCUGUCCCUUCCGAGCACUGUGACACACCUUGUGUGAUUGGUUUGAGUAAAAACCGAAGAAGCCUCCCGGUUUCCAUCUGUCGGAGCUGUGAGACCCUGGAGGGCCCCCAGACUGUGAAAGCAUGGCCCCGAUCCCAUUCCCUGGAUGACCUCCAAGGACAGACUGAUGCUGGAAAAGAUGUGCCUACUGAGGUGACAGAAACCUCUCCUCAGAUCGUACCGGAAGUGCCCCAAAAGAUGUCCGUCCCCACUGCAAAGGUCCAGCCUCCAGGGCGAAAAAAUUCCGCUGCCAGCAAUGCCUCGCUACUGACCCAAAGCCAGAGAUGUCCCGACUCUCAGAAGAUGAUGCCCAGAAAGGCUGAAGGUCCCCUGGCAGCCUCUUCCUGUGGCACUUCACUUCCUCAGUGUUUGCCCAGAAACUAUGAGGCUCAGCCUCCUGGAGGCAGGCACAGUUUAACAAGGACGUCUCUCGAGGGUCGCAGGAAAGGACAUGAUUUUGAAGGAACCCACCAUCACCCAGGCAUAAAAGAAGGUGGAGAUGCAGAGCAGAGGGUCCCCGAGGCAAGGACACAGCCAAAACACCCUUCACAGCCUCCGCCUGUUCCUGCCAAAAAGAGCAGAGAACGUCUUGCCAACGGGCUCCACCUUGCUCCCGUGGGCACUGGGGGGAACCUCCCCAGCCCAGAUGGCCCAUGUUUGCCAGCGAAGAAGGCCAGCCCUGCUGAUUGUCCCUCAGCACAGGCAUCCAGGUCUCCCUCGGGGCAGGAGCCUGGCAGCCCGUCAUGCAGCAGGCCACCACCGUGGCUCUCAGAACUGCCCGAGAGUGCCAGCCUGCAAGAGCAUGGUGUGAAGCUGGGCCCAGCACUGAGCAGGAAGGUGUCCUGCAACCGGGGAGUGGACCUGGAACUGCUGACUGAGACCAAGCUGCAUACUGAAGGCAUCGACCUCACAGAAGAGCCAUACUCUGAUAAGCAUGGCCGCUGUGGGAUCCCUGAAGCCCUGGUGCAGAGAUACGCAGAGGACCUGGAUCAGCCCGAGAAGGACGUGGCCACCAACAUGGACCAGAUCCGGGUGAAGCUGCUGCGGAAGCAGCACCGAAUGGCGAUCCCAAGUGGCGGGCUCACUGAGAUCUGCAGGAAGCCCCUCUCUCCCGGAUGCAUCUCGUCCAUGUCGGAUUGGCUCAUCUCCAUCGGCCUGCCCAUGUACACCAGCACCCUCUCUGAUGCAGGGUUCAGCACACUGAGCCAAGUGCCUUCUCUGUCCCACACUUGCCUUCAAGAGGCCGGCAUCACAGAGGAGCGACACAUCCAGAAGCUUGUGUCCGCAGCCAGACUCUUCAAACUGCCACCCAGCCCCGAGGCCAUGUAGCUGGGUCCACUGUGGAAACCCUGGACCAGAGGCGGCCUUGCCCUGUGCUCAUGAAGCUGAUGCAAUUCCUUCAUCAUGGGCAGGCUGGCCGGAUCCGGGAGAAAGGCACCCAGCCAGGGCACGUGAGAGAAGUGAGCAGAGCACCCCGGUGUGCCCUUGUCUCUGUGUUAGGCUCCGCAGGAUGCCUGAGCCAGACAGGCUCAGCUAGGCCAAAGUAUCAGACUCGGGAGUUACUGUAUCCAGUUGACUGUACUCACCUGUUCAGAAGUUGAACAUCUGGCUGCACCAGGAAAAACAGAAGUCCUAUUCUCCUUUAGAUAAACAAGAGACUAUAAAUAAUUGCUUCCUAGCAAUCAGCUUUUAUUUGCCUUAAUAUCAGCUUUCAAGCAGUUAUCUGUAACUAGUGUCCACAGCCCUGUAACCAUAGUUCCAGAUCUUCAGCCUAAGUCUGCCGCGCGACGUGUCUGGGAAGCUCUCAGCACAAAUGGGCUUUUCGAAGUGUCUCAUCCUGACAUGGCUUAUUUUCUAGGGACAUGCAUUUCAUCUUGGCUUUCAGUGUUUGAACUAACUACAGCCUAGUACUAAGCUAUCUGAAGUUGACAGAGGUAUCUGUGGGGGCGUGGGUGUGGGAGCGUGGUAACUGCCUUUCAUUUUAAUGAGUUCAGUGUUGUGCCACGUCGGUCACUGCCGCAGUAUUGACUUGGAACCCUGACCACAUCCAUUGCAGGAUUCAGUCAUCAGUUAAGGAGCACGCUUGCAAAAAGUCAGUGUAAGGUUAAAGAUUUCAGAACGCUGUUUCUAAAAAGG